AUGCUUCUCUUGCAUAUACUAAACCUAAUGGCCCCAUUUUACUUCCUGUGUCUCCUUGCUGUGACGUUCUGUCUUCAAAUCUUCUUCUUCCUUCCGGGCAUGUGUGAUGGGCAAUCUUUAACACUCUCUGGCCUCCUUCAUUCAUCCAUGUUCUUCUUCUUUCUUAUCAAUGUUGUUGGGAAUUACAUUUUGGUCAUCUGGAAGAGCCCGGCUACCGGUGGACAUGGCGGAGAGGCUGAAGCGGCAGAUAAACCAUUCUGCUGGAUAUGUGUGCGAGUAUUGGGGGACCAGGAACACCACUGCUUCUUCACUGGGACAUGUAUUAGUCGCAGCAAUCUGCGCAGUUUUGUCUUGCUCUGCCUCCAUGCUUCCUGCAGCUGUUUCCACUCCAUGGUGGUGGGACUUGGCUACAUCUCAAGCAACUUCUCCCUGUCUUUCUCCGAGCCCCUGACCUUCCUCAGACUGUUGCCUCUAUCUGUCACGCGCUUCUUCUCAGGUUCCCUUCUCAGCUCGGAAAUGUUGGCCGUCCUCAUGCUUUAUCUCUGGUUUGGGGUGGGUAUAGCCUGUGCUGCCUUCUGUUUUCACCAGCUGCUGCUCAUAUCCAGGGGACCGGCCUGUCACCAGAGCCCAGGAGCAGAAGCUAGCCCCAUCCGCUGGGCUGACAACUUGACAAGUGUCUUUGGAAAGAGAUGGAUUCUGGCUGUUCUUGUGCCUCACGUGAAGGAAAAGUGA